UCACUCUCCGGUGUGACUGGCACUUGAAGCCAGAGCUCUUGAAGUAAGACGAUUUUCUUGAAGCAUAGAAACCCUGUAGACUUAUUGAGGGAAAAAUGAAGAAAGAAUUUAACUGAAGAGUGUUAAGUGGACCGAUUAUACUUAAACAAUGAAUACCACAAGACAGCACCACAAUGGAUCGUUUCACCUGCGGAACCACAGCUCUGGAGCUCUGUCUCUCAGACAUCAGCAGCCUCCAACUGGGGCUGACAGACACCACGCUUCAACGGGGUGCUACGAGCAGCUGCUCAUCUCCACAGAGGUCUUCCUCAUGCUGGGCAUAUUCAGUCUGCUGGAGAACAUCCUGGUCAUCGCUGCCAUCGUCAAGAACAAGAACCUCCACUCUCCCAUGUACUUCUUCAUCUGCUCCCUGGCUGUAGCCGACAUGCUGGUCAGCGUUUCCAACGCCACCGAGACCGUGGUCAUGGUAUGGAUCACAGACAGUAACAUAGAGAUGGGUGGUGGCGUGGUCAAAAGCGUGGACAACGUGUUCGACUCAAUGAUUUGCAGUUCCCUGCUGGCGUCAAUCUGGAGCCUGCUGGCCAUAGCCGUGGACCGCUACGUGACCAUAUUCUACGCGCUGCGCUACCACAACAUCAUGACGGUACACCGAGCCGCCGCCAUCAUCACCAGCAUCUGGACCUUCUGCACGGUGUCCGGUGUCCUUUUCAUCAUCUACUCGGAGAGCACUACUGUCCUCAUCUGCCUCAUUGUCAUGUUCUUCAGCAUGCUGGCGCUCAUGGCCUCGCUCUAUGUCCACAUGUUCAUGCUGGCGCGGCUGCACAUGAAGAGGAUCGCGGCUCUGCCGGGCAACGGCCCCAUCCUGCAGGCUGCCAAUAUGAAGGGAGCCAUCACCCUGACCAUCCUGCUGGGCGUGUUCGUGGUGUGCUGGGCGCCCUUCUUCCUCCACCUUAUCCUGAUGAUCUCCUGCCCCAGGAACCCCUACUGCUUGUGCUUCAUGUCCCACUUCAACAUGUACCUUAUCCUCAUCAUGUGCAACUCUGUGAUUGACCCGCUGAUCUACGCCUUCAGGAGCCAGGAAAUGAGAAAGACAUUCAAGGAGAUCUGCUGCUGGUAUGGUUUUAGCUCCCUGCUGUGUCUCUAUGUGUGA